GUGAUCAAGCUGUGGGUCUAUUUUGGGGUGACUUUCGAGCUUCAGUGAUCCAAUUUUUUCUGAUUCUGAUCCCAUCUACCGGAUACGGAUCGGACACUGUCUGUAGAGUAGCAAAGUACUCGGGACAUGUGCUCCUUUUCUAUUUAACUGGAGAAAGAAAUCCUGCAGAAACAUGAAGGUACUACUUGUCCAUCCGCUUCUCUGCCUCAGGAGUACAGAGUGGCUCUACUCAUAACAGCACCGGCGCUGGAGGGAAAACAUGCAACAAUUUGGAUAGAAAACUGGGAAAUCUGAAAGAAAAGGAAAGCUCUAUUUAGAAGCUUUACACACAUAAAAGGAGUCUUCAUCUGAUACGUUGUGCUGGACCGCUCUGAGCGCCUCCGUGGAGGUUUUUUAUGAGCCAGGCUGAUACGGUGAAGCCCUGUGGCUGAGCUCCACUGAGGCAUGAGUGUGGGAAGGGACCACCACCGCAGCUUUCUGUCCUGUGAAGAAGAAGGCCUCAGACUGAAUACCAUGCCUGCUGUGGGCAGCUUUGGCAAUGGCAAGAUCCACACCAGACGCAAAUACCGCAGCCGCUUCGUCAGCAAAGGAGGCCAGUGCAACAUCCACUUCACCAAUAUGGACGAGAAGCCGCAGCGCUACAUCUCUGAUAUUUUCACGACCUGCGUGGACAUCCGUUGGCGGUACAUGUUCCUGCUCUUCAGCCUGGUGUUCGUGGUGUCCUGGCUGACGUUCGGCUUCGGGUUCUGGAUCAUUGGUCACCUGCACGGAGACAUGGGCAAAGCGGAAAGCGACGAGAGUUUUGUUCCUUGCGUCACCAAUGUCAACACUUUCGUGGCGGCGUUCCUCUUCUCCAUCGAGACCCAAACUACCAUCGGAUACGGAGCGCGCUGUGUGACGGAGGAAUGCCCGGCAGCUGUGUUCAUGGUGGUUUUUCAGUCGAUCAUGGGCUGCAUAAUUGACGCCUUUAUGAUCGGCGCCAUCAUGGCGAAGAUGGCGAGGCCUAAAAAGCGUGCAGAGACACUUCUGUUCAGCCACAAUGCAGUCAUUGCUAUGCGUGAUGGGAAGAUGUGUCUCAUGUUCAGGGUCGCUAAUCUGAGAAAGAGCCACAUUGUGGAGGCUCACGUCCGAGCCCAGUUGGUGAAGCCUCGCUACACGGAGGAGGGCGAGUACAUUCCCCUGGAUCAGAUCGACAUGAACGUGGGCUAUGACAAAGGCUUAGACCGCCUUUUCUUGGUCGCUCCCCUCACCGUCAUUCAUGAGAUCGAUGAAGAAAGCCCUUUGUUCGGCAUCAGUAAGCAGGAACUCGAAGCGUCCGACUUUGAGAUCGUCAUCAUCCUGGAGGGGUUGGUGGAGGCCACGGCCAUGACCACGCAAGCACGCACCUCUUAUCUGGUCUCCGAGAUCCUGUGGGGUCACCGCUUUGAGUCCGUCAUCUUUGAGGAGAAGAACCAGUACAGGAUAGACUACGCCUAUUUUCAUAAAACAUUCGAAGUCCCCUCCACCCCGACCUGCAGCGUCAAAGACAUGGAGGAGAGGAAAUUCCUAACAACCGGCGCCAACUCCUUCUGCUACGAGAACGAGCUGGCCUUCAUCAGCAGGGAUGAGGAGGAAGAACGAAGCACGGAGAAAGAACAGGACAGGAGGUGUUCGUCCACCUCAGAACCCACUGAACCGUCCCCCCGUAAGGAAUCUGAGAUAUAACCCUCGUUACAUCUCUGCACAUGAAUGCAGGGUAUGUGGACCGUCCUGUGACUGUCAGUGCUGAUACGAGGAUGCCACUGAGGACAUGCACUGAGGCCAAACUCCAUAAAAGAGGGAUAAAAGUCACUGAGACACGGUUUUCCUCGUCUGAGUCAGAUGAUGCUCUUUCCCAGAGACAAGCGAAUCCUUCCUGGUAAAACUGUACAUGACAAAGUACCUGAAAAUAAGACAGCCACUUGUAAAUACUGGAGUUCAUUUAUCAGUUUAAAGUGCGCAAAAAUUUGGGCUUUAUGAAUUUCCGUACACUGGAAAAUAAAAAUCAUAAAUAAUAGUCAUACACAAGAUUUCUUUCUGUACUUAUUCCAGUUGGUUCCUCAAAAUGCAAAGCCCACUUUAUCCUGAUAAUAGAGGGAAAUUUGUCAUUUAAAGGGAUAUUUUACAGAGUAGAGAGAGCUAAAUGGUACAAAAAAGUAUGUUUUCUGACUGUUUUCAUCUGUUGUCACAUAAAUUCAGUUGGUUGCUUUAAAGAAAAACUGCACUGAGAAGAUGUGAGAUUGAUUCUGAGAACCUGGAAACACACUUUAUGUUCAAAAUGUACCAUUGCACCUUCACAAGCUGGAACAUAAAGAGAGUGAGUCUCUUUAUCUGCACUGUGCAUCAAAACCCUACACAAGAAAUCAAAAUUUAACUUGACAAAACAAAACUUCUUUCAAAUCUAUAUUUUGGGAUUUUUUAGUGUGAAAUGUUUGAGUUCUUGGAAUCAGGACUGUUUCUUUCAUCCUAAUCUGGGCAGCAGAUGCUGGGAUAUGAACUAAUUGAAUGAGCUAACGAUGUGGCUAAUAUUGUCCUCUGAUAUGACAGCAUCCGGCACAGCGUUCCACACGAGGAAAAACAGCAGAGACCUGAACUGGCUGUAGCAGGUCCGCUGGCCUUGGCGGUACAGAUUUCUGUUCAUUUUAGACCAAAGAACUAACUUUUAGCAAUAUUCCCACUUUAUUCUUCCCUUUUUUUAAACAAUCAUACUAUAGCAAGUAACGCAGAAAAACAGAAUUAGGCUAAAAAAUAAGAAAAACACAACAAAAUCAUAACAUAAUAAUUAACCAACGCUAAAAAAAAAAAAAAUACAGUUGAAAUGCUCCAGCAAAAAUUGAAGGAUGAUCUGGGGAAGUACAUAUGUGGAGUAAUCAAUUCAUCGAGCACAGGUGUGGAGGGAAACAAAAGGAGGAAACAGCGACAGGUGAGCCAUGAAAAUGUGCUAAAAACACAGAAGGAAAACAGAACAGGGUUGGAAGGCUGUUCUAUUGCUCACAUAUCUGUGUUUCUUUAGGAUAUAAAACACACAGCAAGGAUAAAGCAUCAGGUUUCUGAGCAGGAUGGAGGCUGGUCCUGUAUUUCAAGAUUGUGCAAGUGAACAUUUUAGAGCCUCUAAGUCUGCAAAAAAAGAAAAAAAAUGAAAAUAAA